UCAGCACAUGUAUAUGUUGGCUGAAAGACGGCAGAAGAAACACACCACGACUCCUAAAGGCUGACAGCUCUGAGAAGUUUCCUUGAUCUCGGGAGCUGACAAACACAGCCAUGAAGAGCUUGAAGUUCCUAGCAGCCGAGGGCUUCGUCCAAACCGGACCAAACGCAUGCAAGAACCUUCACUUCUUGUCUUGCAAUCUCUACCCAAUCCUCUUCAAGGCCAGCUAUCUGUGUGAGGAGGCCACAAUGCUCCACGACUUGGUCCAGACGUGGCCUCUGACGGAGAUCAACUUGCGCAAACUGUUAGGCCGGACCGUGGACUGUCCAGAUGAUCUCACGUCCCGCACCUGCAGGCUCUGUCUGGAGGCCUUUCUCACAGGUUUGAAGGACUAUGUGUUUCAAGCUCCAAGCAUGUAUACCAAAAAGCUGCGUGUGGUGGAUAUAGUCGGUCUGCAAGACACUGAACACCAGGUCUGUCCCUGCAGACGGACCCUCGGGCGUUGGGCACGAACCGAGCUGCUAACCCGCAUGUGCUACGAGACUAUGGAGUACAUGCAGACCGGUCAGGCGGCGCCAUCAGCGUUUCACGUGGAGAUCGAUGUCCGCUUGGACGCUUUUGUUACCGGACGGAACAACGAGGUGGUGGCUCAGGCUCUGUUGCUACGCAGACAUUGCCCGUUAAAACUGUACUUCGUUGGCCUGCGUGUGGAUUCGUUGAGCCUCAGGAACCUCUUCUUCCUCCUGAAGCUGGUGGAGUCACACGGCCUGCAGAAGCUGGAAGUGGUGCACAACGUACAUCUGGAGGCUCCACACAUUGAGGUAAUGCUCUCCCAGCUGAAGUUCCCCCAGCUGCGCUCGAUCACGUUUCCUGCACAGGCUUUGAAUGUGCACAGGUUGGGCCCGGAUGACGAGGGACUCAUAGGAGUUCUGGGUGAGCUGAUGAGCAAACUGACGGAGCUGAGAGAGCUCUCUCUGGGGUUCUCCACUCUUACUGGACAUCUGAGGAGACUGCUGAGUCCACUAAACACUCCUCUGCAGUGUAUCGAGUUAGCGAACUGUAGUCUCAACGCAGUGGACAUGGCCUACUUCGCCAACAGCCUGCACAGUGAGCACUUAGUAAAGCUGGAUCUGAGCGGUCAUGCGGUAGCAGACGUCUUCCCCAACACCUUCCGGAAGCUUCUGCAUCGCUGUUCUGCCACACUCACUAGCCUGGGUCUGGAGGAGUGUGGACUGGACGAUGAGACCCUUGAUACGCUCACCCAAGCACUGAGACCCUGUCACGCGCUACAGGAACUGAAGAUCCUGGGUAAUCCACUGAGCACAGCUGCCCUGCGCCGUCUCUUUAACACACUGGCUCUGGGUUUUCCUGCUUUGAGAUAUGUCGAGCUGCCCGUCCCUCGCGACUGUUAUCCUGAAGGUGCAGCCUACCCGCUGAAUGAUACGGCACUGAUCAAUUACGACAGGGAGAAGUUCCAGCAAGCCAGGACUGAACUUGUUGGCAUCCUAGAGAGGGAGGGAAAAAGACACAUAGAAGUCUGCACGCCAUUAUUUGGAGCCUAUGAUCCCGACAUCAACGAGACGAGCAAUGAGCUGGGAGUGUCCAUGUUGCAGUCGUUCAGCAGUGUCGUAGGCAAUUUCAUGGACACAGUCAGUAGUGUCGCCCAACGGAGAGAGCAGAGUUCACAAUGAGUGAGUGAGAUGUUCACAAUGAACGAGAACUUAUGUUUUCAACAUUUAUAAUAAAUGUUUCUUGAGCAAUAUAUCAGUAUAUUAGACUGAUUUCUGAAGGAUCGUGUGACACUGGAGUAAUGAUGCUGAAAAUUCAGCUUUGAUCACAGAAAUAAAUUACAUUUUAAAAUAUUUUAAAUUGUAAUAGUUCUCAAUAUUGCUGUUUUUUUACGAUCAAAUAAAUGCAGCCUUGAGCACGGGACUGUCAGAAACAUUUUAUGCUGUUGUUUUGAAGUGUUAAAAAUGUUGAACGUUGAGUGUUUUUGUGUGCAUAUAUAAAUAGUUCAGUGUCUGCAAAUAAUACAUAGACAUGUAAUAAUGUAUAUUGAGAUGUGCAAUAAAGAACAAAAUAUUUUUAA